UGUUCGAACUGGUACGAUUGACGCCUGUCCUGUGUGUGACAAAGGGGUCUUCUCAGCGAUCGCCAUCGUGUACGCCAUGUUUCCAAUAUGGACGACGGCGUAUCCUGGUUGUGCCGUCGUCUCACUGAAUUCUGCACCUCUGAGUCAUUUCAGUUUCGAUGGGAGUUUCUGUGGUUGAUGCAGGCUCGUUCCAAGCUUGUGCAUCCCUGUUUGCCUUCGAAAGGCGGGAAUUCGAGCUGUUACAUGGCACGCCACCAGAUACUUCGCUUUCAAAUAUUGGCACUCAGAGCUCGAUGAACAGGUCAAGUCGAAGUUCAUUUUCCCAUUUUCCUUCAACUCCACACACCCGUUCCCAACAAGAUCGUCAUGAUGAAGUUCUUCGCUCCACUUUUCGCCGGUAUCGCCAUGUUCGCAGCUCAAGUGAGUGGCAAUGGAGUUUGCUACGACCCGGAUCAUGUUGCAGCUGCCGGCGCCAUGACUGCCGAGAGCGUGAUCGAGGAUAUGAAGGUCAUCAAAAGCCAUGGAUUCACCACCGUGCGCACUUACAUUUCCCAGUUCGGCAACACGAAUCUGGGUCUACUAGUUGUCAACGCCAACCUCACCGCAGCUCUGGGUGUGCCGUACCCUCAGUCCGACUACGCGACGCAACUGGACGCGGCUCUUAUUGCUGCCAACACCGGUGGCGUCGGCUACAUCUUCGUGGGUAACGAGAACCUUGCCGGUGCCACUACCGUUCCCGGCGAAAUGAUCAAUCUCAUCCAGAAAGUCAAGUCGCUCGUGCACAGCACUGUGAAGGUCGGAACUGUACAGCGCAACACCGAGGUCAUCAACUACGCCGGCAUCGCCGGCUGGUCCGAACUUGUGGAUGCUUGCGACGUGUUGGGCGUGAACGUCCACCCUUACUUCAAUCCAGGGACGACUGCCGACAACGCCAUCGAUGUCGUCAAUACCCAGUGGGAGAUCAUGGUCAAGAACUUUGGUGACAAGCUCAUGGUUACGGAGACGGGGUGGCCGUCAGACGGAUCUCUCUCGGGCAAUACCGGCAGCAUCGCUGGCCAGCAAACAUUUUACAGUGACUACAAGGCGUGGAGCAGCUCGAUGACCGAGUCCUUUUACUUUCAGAUGUUUGACACACAGCACAAGACCAGCGCGUUCGAGAAGACUUUUGGUCUCCUCACGUCUGACGCGACACCCAAAUACGAUCUCACCGCUGCUGUUAGCGUUGUAGGCACAGUGAGCGUCUAGCUGCCACGAAUUCAGACGUCUAUAGAGUACUUGAGUCCGUUCUAAGACCAACAUCACAAUAAUCAUUCGCACUACAUGCAUUUGAAACUUGCUUUAGCUACUUUGGACCGAAGCCGCAACCCGUGAGGAACUGUUUGAUAUCAUCACGAAUGGAGAAACCUGAGCGUAUAUUGCACUGGAUACUCGUAUCCAAGGACACAAUGUGGUGAUACCAGUAUGACGGGAGGUACAAAACUUCGCCGGCCGUGAGUGCGACUUCCGCUGCGGGACAGUUGCGUGCGUCUUCGGAUAGAGCGCUUGUGUCCGACCAAUUAAAUGCUGUGUGACGCGCAGACUGACCCUGAAUCAUGAGUCCUAGACACUGGCACGCACUGGGUGGAGCGAUGACGUAGCGCUUCGUUCCACGGAUCAUCGAGAUAUGGUUCAGUCCGCCAUCAAUGUGUCCAUCCGCAAUAAUCCCACGCAUUCCGAGACGACAGCGCAUCCCGCGCUCCUUGGCUAUUGCUGCAUCCCGAAUGAAUAAAUCACCGAACCGUGGAUCAUGUUCAGUUAGUGUUGGGUUGAGGAACUGCAGCUCGUUGUAGAUGAAUGACGCUUGCUUCGAGAAAUCGUUCUGCUUGAGCAUGAAGUAGUAGUAUUCGUGAGGCUUGCCAGCUUCUUCCAAUGGUUUGACGUCGCUGAUAGUUUUGACAAAUUGCGGAUACGUCAUCCAACGCGACUCGUACGUGUCCUUCUCGCCAGCAAGCUGCUUGCUUUUGAGGUAGUACAUGAAGUGACUGUCGUUAGCUACGUGCACCUUGUACAACGCCUUCGGAUUGAGUUUCUCCGUCAGGUACUCGUCCGUCCAUCGCACAGCAGCAGCUGUGAGCUCUGGGAUGCCAUAGGCGACGAACGGCACUUCCAUCUCCCGAAACAUUUGAGCCAACCGAAACUCAUACUACAAUGUCAACAACAUCGAUUCAGUCUUUUGUAAAAAAAAAUAAUCGUAGAAUAUCUACAGCUUUGCUGCC